CUCACUUCCAUUGUUCCAACGUCACGUGGUACUGCACGCUCAGAAUAAUCUGACAGCCGGAGUGGCAGGCUGAAGCGGGUUGUGAGUCUCAUCCCGGCAAGGGUUUUGAAAGCCCCUUCUUCUUGCUCCCACUUUCUUCGUUUUCCUUCCUCCUUCACUUCUUCCACAAUCACCACCAACACAAGUCCUCGCUCAUCACACCAAGAUCUGCGCAAGAACAAGCUCCAAACCUUCCAUCUCUUCCACAACCAUCACAAGAUGUCUUCGCCGCAGAAGGAGCAGCAGCAGCAGCAAGAAGCUCGCGACGAGCAAACGAAGCAGCAUCACACCACCAGCAACACCUGUCCCGGUCUCUUCCCUCACUCGGCUCAGGCUUCCACCGCGGACACCGCGAUCCAUGCGGUGGUCACCACCCGGCGGCCUCAGCACCAGACUUCCCGUACCCCGGGCCCCUUUCCUCCCCCAGCCUAUGCGGUCAUCCGACAAGCCGCCCUCCAAGUUUAUGUGACUAGCACCCCCAAGCCCAAGGGGCUUCCUCGCCCGUAAAGAACAUAUAGCAAUUCCUACAACGUCAGGGCCGCGAUGCUUCCAACAGCAUAGCACAGGACUGCCAGUUGGGCUGCCACUGAAGUGACAGUCGUACCGGCACGUUACCGGGUACGUUGCCCCAGAGGCCGAACUCGCCAAAACCUGCUCUC